AUGGGAGCCCAAUGCAGCAUAGAUAGAAAAGAAAAAACAAGACGACGGUAUUUCAAAAUUAUUAGGAAGCAGAAAGAACUUUAUUUAAAAAAGCACCAAUUAGCCAUCAAUACUUAUAAUUUUAAAGUAAAUUUCUAUUUAGAACUGGCUCAAACAUAUGAUCCGUGAAUUAAAAAGUCUACAAGAAAAAUUUCCAGAAGCUUUAUGGCCUCAAGAACUGGUUUAUCUUUGUAAAUCUUGAAAAAGAGCUGAUCUCAAAUGGAGAUCAAACGUAAUUUGAUACAAUUAUCUACACAGCUAUAAGUCUAAUAUACCUCUUCCUGACAAAACUGUGACUAAUUUUAAACUUCCUUUGCCAAGCACUUUUCAAGUAGAUUCACUGUUGGAUUUUAUAAAAACCCACUUGUCACAUACAGAAGACCAUUUUAUCUCAGCAAUGAUUUUUAAAUUUACUGACUCUUUUGAUAAGCAAGAUUUUCCAAAAUAUGAUAUUCAGUGUUAUUAUAAUAAAUAUUACAAAACUCUAAAUAAAUGUAAUUUUUACAUAAAAAAUAGGCUAUUGCUUAAAAUAUAGUAAAAAUAAUGAUACAAAUAAAGCAUAUAAAGCCAAUCAUAGACGAAAUUAAUGAUUUUGUACAAUUAGCUCUCCAAACUCUGCUUAAUUACUACGGAGGAAUCGUGAGAGAUUUAAUCAAAAAAAAAGAUGGUGACAUUUCAGAUUUAAUUCUUACCUACACAAUUUCUAAUAAAAUUCAUGAGACUGCAUUGAACACUUAUUUAGAAAUGUAUAAAUGUGAGGAAUCCAAAUACCAACAAAACAUUGAAAAAUUCCAAUAUUUGAAGUGCAAGGAUUUUGGAAUUAAAGAGCUAUUUCAAUUGGAUUUACACUUAGAAAAUGCUUAUGGAGCUUCUAUAGACAAACUGCGAGACAUAGAAAAAGUGAACUCCCCAAUAGAAAAACUCAAUGUCAUUACAAAAGCAGCUGUAGAAAUCUGCAAUUGUAUAGACUUUAUAUGAAAAGAAAACGACGAAACAACUCAAGAUGACUUAAUUAUUGACUCAGACCAAAUUUUAAGCAUUUUCAUGUAUGUGGUUUUAAAAGCGAAAAUUAAAAAUUUAAGAGGCCACGUAAAAAUGAUUUACGAUUUUGGCAGAAAAGAAAUGCAAAAUGGUUCUAUGGGUUAUUAUGUAAUAACUCUUGAAGCCUGUAUCCAACAAAUCGAAAUGCUAGAAAACCAAGAAGGCUUUUUUGAAUAG